UCGGCGAGGAAAUGGAACAUGGCGAGGAUCUGAAGACAAGGAGUGACCCCAAAGUCGAGAUUCUGGAAAGAGGAGAAAUAUUCUUCUUUUAUAGGCCUAAGGUUGACAAAGAAGAAGCCCAUGGCGUCGACGAUGUUCAAAGGUUGUACAUUGUCCUACGGGCAGAAUCUGGUGAGAGGACAGUUGAAGAAAAGCAAUCUUCGAAUUCUGGCAAGAAGGGUGCGUCGCAAUCUGUUAACAAAGGAGCUGACGAAGGUGGCCAUGGGAGUGAGGAAGUGAAUAUUGAGAAGCAACCUCUGCUCCGGUUCAUCGUGAUGGGCCGCAAGAGCCUUCCGGAUCCGAGCAAGAGAAGGCAGCCUUACUGGGGAUUUGUAGAGAUGGUCACUACAAAGAUUGAAGAUGUGAAGACUGCUCUGAAAGGAGCUGAAUAUGACACUGUGACUCGAGGCCAUAGGCACAAACCCCUGGCACGAGCGCUUGCGGAAGGCGUUUAUCGGAUCUUGAGGCACAAUUCAGGUAGAAAAGUACACACCCAUCUGAUCUAUAAGCUAGAAUUCCCUCCAGAAGACAUCGAAAAUGGGCCGCAAGAGGUGUUCAACAUCGAACGGGAGGGCUCAUUCCUCAUACAAAUAAAGAACCCAGAUCAACGGACCACCUCAUCACGCUUCAGCAGUCUCCAGAGCAAGCGCAAGGCUGUCUUCCCUGCUCACCUCCAAGGUCAAUUCGGGCAGCAUCGGUACUCCCCGGUAGACCCGCCGGACUUCUUGAAUUACGAAGGCUGUGAGUUUUUGCUCAUAUCAGCAUCCGAUGACAUCGAAGAGGAGUUGGGUCUGGAUAUCAAGACCGAAGAAUGUUCCGACGCUGCUUGUUCGGAUCUAAUACAGAUGUUCGGCGAGACAGUGCCAACUGCAUCGCUGCUCAGGGGCACAUGGGUGUAGGUGGAAGUUUGUGGCAUGUGUGGGCCACUUGUGCUUGUUAUCAAAAGAACCUUGUUUGCUUUUGCAAUGGACUCAAAAGGUUAGUGUAAGUUGAUAGCUUGAGACUCUCUUCCAUGUAAGAAAAUAGCUUCUAAUUGUUUUGGCAAUGGACUGGAAGGAAAGUUUUGUGUAAGUUGAUAGCUUGAGACUCUCUUCUAUGUAAGAAAAUAGCUUCUACUUGUUUUUGAAAUGGACUGAAAGGAAAGGUUUGUGUAAGUUGAUAGCUUGAGACUCUCUUCCAUGUAAGAAAAUUGCUUCUACUUGUUUUUGCAAUGGACUAAAAGGAAAUGUUUGUGUAAGUUGAUAGCUUGA